GCCGUCCGUUUCGUAACCGUAGGUUCCACGCGCCUCUCGGUGAUUUUUCCGCAGUUUUGGCGGUGAUGAACAAGAAAAUAUCUUCGUGAUAAUAAUUGACGCAAAGAAAAAAAAAAGUGAGAAACACAAAUAAAUAUCCACAAAUUAUUUAAAUCUUUUCAAAAGUUUUGUCGUGUUCCGUUGUUUGUGAGUGUGGUUGUUUAUAUAAUGAGAAGAGAUCUCUGAUCUGUUUUGAAAGUAGAGUUUCUUCUCCUGCUGGUUAGAAGAAGAAGGAGAAUCUUUUUUAUGUUUAUCUCAUUAUUGAGUUAAUUUUGAUUAACUUGCUCUUAACGUUUCGGUCAGAAUCAAGAUUCUAGCUAACUCGUUUGAAAGAGGGAAAGGAGAAAUGGUGAUGGCUUGUGUUGAUCUACAAAAAUCCAUGAAACCUGCAGAUUCUUCCUCUGUACCUGUUCCUCCACCUCUUCCUUCAAAAUCUAAUCUCCACCAGAAAAGAUACGGUAAUGAGAUAGCUCAUAGCUGCGGUGUUCCAACAGCCACAAAAGAUAUGUGGGAUCGUCUUUUCAAUGAUGGAUACAAAGCCAAUGUUGUUAUCUACACUGAUAAUGGCGGCAUCGUAUACGCUCAUGCCAAUAUCAUUGGGACUGCUUCAUGUGUGAUCAAAGGGAUGUUGAAGAAAGCCAAAAAACAUGGAAAGUGGUAUACAAUCUCUAUCCGUGGCGUCCCUUAUGAAGCUGUCCGAGUUUUUAUUCGUUUCCUCUACUCUUCUUGCUAUAAGAAUGAAGAAAUGAAUGAGUAUAUAAUGCAUUUGUUGCUUCUCUCUCACGCAUACGUGGUUCCUCAGCUGAAAAGGGUUUGUGAAUGGCAUCUAGAACAUGGUUUACUCAACACUGAGAAUGUGAUCGAUGUCUUCCAGCUUGCUCUGUUAUGUGAUUUCCCUCGUCUUAGUGUCAUAUCUCACCGUAUGAUUAUGAAACACUUUAAAGAGCUUUACGCGACAGAAGCAUGGACAGCUAUGAAGAAGAGUCACCCUUUUCUCGAGAAAGAACUUAGAGACUCUGUCUUCAUUGAAGAAAAUACGCGGAAAGAGAGGAUCAGAAAACGCAACGAGCAGAGGAUAUACUCGCAGCUGUAUGAAGCGAUGGAGGCUCUUGUUCAUAUAUGUAGAGACGGGUGUAAAACAAUAGGACCACAUGAUCAAGAUUUGAAACCGAGCCAUGCUACGUGUCACUACGAAGCUUGCAAAGGGUUAGAAUCGCUGAUCAGGCAUUUCGCGGGAUGUAAACUUAGGGUUCCUGGAGGUUGCGUGCCUUGCAAGAGAAUGUGGCAGCUUCUUGAGUUGCAUUCACGUGUUUGCGCUGAUUCUGAUCAGUGUCGAGUUCCACUAUGCAGAAGCUUUAAGGAGAAGAUGGAGAAACAGAGCAAGAAGGAUGAGGUUAGAUGGAAACUUCUGGUGAAGAAUGUGUUAGGGUCUAAGAAAAUCGGUGGCUCUCCUUUCUUUCUACCUGUGAACAGCUCUUUUUAAUCUGUGUAUCGUUUUCUCUUGUCCCAAGAAGGCGAGUUUUAAGCGUUUCUUGUGAUCUUGAAAUGUAACAUAAUAAAUGAAAAUGACAGAAACACUUUUGG